GAGAGAGAGAGAGGGAGUGAGGAAGAGAGAGAGAGAGGGAGUGAGGAAGAGAGAGCGAGAGGGAGUGAGUGAGAAAGAGUACAGAGGAGGAAUAGUUAAAUUUCUUAGAAGUAUUGUCCAGCAGCCUUGGAACCUGAAAACAAAGCUGCUCACAGGAGAGAAAGAGGAAUAAAAAGCAGGAGGGAUGAAGAGAGAGGAAUAAAAAGCACGAGGAAUAAAGGGAAAGAGGAAUAAAAAGCAGGAGGGAUAAAGAGAGAUUUUCCCUGCCAGAAUUGGUGUCUGGCCAUAGAUCAGCAGGUCUUAACAGAACUUUGCUAUAUUAAGCUCUGCAGAUAAUCUAACUCUGUUGUAUCGACCCGCCACUGCUCUGUUUUGGCUGUGUGUGUGUGUGUGUGUGUGUGUGUGUGUGUGUGUGUGUGUGUGUCCCUUCUGAUCUACUCGUUGGCAGCUGAUAGGGUUUAUAUGGGCCCGUGUCAGGCAAGAGAGGCUAGUGAGCUACUGCCCCGACAGACACGCUGAGACGCGCACACUCACCACAGACUCACACACUCUGUGCCAUUUACAGGCAGUAGAGUAGGUUUCUACUCCAACACUUGCGAACACACGCAGACACAUGAGGGUAGGCCCCUUGAUGCAGUAACUCAUACCACCUGAGUGUCUGUGUCAAUAGACAAUCACAUUCUGAGGUUGUAUGUGGAAUCUCCAUGGUGCUCAAAGAUGAACAACUGGACUUAAGUGCCAUGCUACAUUAGUUGACAUGCUGAUGUGCUCAAACAGCAUUUUUCAGAACAGGUGCUGCAUACUUGAUCACAAAAAUCCUUUUUGAUUCUGUCUAUUGGAAAGUGGCAUUCAUUUCUGUGGAUUGAAAGUCAUAAAAUGGUGUAAGACUGACAGCGUAGACACCAAACAACUCUGAGUAUCACUCCAUCAGUGUGCUGGGUUAGACUCUUAGAGAGUGAUCCCCUCUGAUCUUCAAUCGCUCCUCUUGCUGCUCUCCUCUGUCUUGUAGAUGAAGGUGUUUCUUGCGCAGUGUCUGCCGCACUGCCUGACAAUGACGGGAGGAAAUAAAACAGGGCGGACGGACAGACAACGAUCACUGAGAGGGAAAGAAAGACGAGCGUGUUUUUGAGUGAGAGACUGAUAAUACAGAGAAAGAGAGAAUGAACCACCGUUGUUGUUCAGACUGAAUCACACCAGAGAGUGUGGACUUGUUAGAGAAACACUGAAAUAACAUUGAACAUAUCAGAUCCAUGAUGGAGCUGGUCCCUAAAACUAAGUACACUCACUUCCGGAGUGAAUCUCUCAGUUCGAAUGACGAUACCAACUCCAACCCUUUCUCCCUCCCCCCUUCCACCCCCGCAACCCCCCUCACCCCUCCUGGGCUACCCUCCUCCCUCUCCUCCUCCUCUCCCACCCCCAUCCUCCCCCCUUCCUCCCCCCGCCGGGCCGAGAACAGCCCCACCACGCUCUGUUCCUUCUUCCCCAGGAUGGGAGCCCUUCGCCUGGGUGUCUCUGCUACUCUACUCCCAGGCCUCAAGGUCUCCAGCAGGCCUCAGCGGGCUCAAGCCCCCAUGGGGUCUUCAGGGGGUAAUAGUUCCAGCUCUCCCACUCCUCACCCCCCUCCCUGUCUAACAGCCCCCUCUCCCCCCCAUCGCCCCCCUCUGCAGGAUAUGAACCGGCUGGGUGGUGCGUCCAGGAGGGCGCGGGUGGAGGGGGGGCAGCUGGGCGGAGAUGAGUGGACGCGCCACGGCUCCUUCGUCAACAAGCCCACCAGAGGAUGGCUACACUCAGACCACGUGGUCAGCACCACUGGGGUUGCCUACUCAGUACGGUAUAUGGGCUGUGUGGAGGUGCUACAGUCUAUGAGGGCACUGGACUUCAACACCAGAACUCAGGUCACCAGAGAGGCUAUCUCAGUGGUGUGUGAGGCAGUGCCUGGAGCCAAAGGAGCCCAACGCAAGAGAAAGCCGUCGUCUCGCUGUAUGACGUCCAUUCUGGGGAAACGUAACCUGCAGUUUGCUGGGAUGACCAUCAGCCUGACGGUCUCUACCAGCAGCCUCAACCUGCUGGCCUCCGACUGCAAACAGAUAAUUGCAAAUCAUCACAUGCAGUCCAUCUCUUUCGCUUCUGGAGGAGACCCAGACACAGCAGAGUAUGUAGCAUACGUGGCCAAAGACCCAGUCAACCAGAGAGCGUGUCAUAUCCUGGAGUGUUCGGAGGGCUUGGCCCAGGAAGUCAUCAGUACGAUAGGGCAGGCCUUCGAACUGCGCUUCAAACAGUACCUGAAGAACCCCCCCAAACUGGUCACCCCCCAUGACAGAAUGGCUCCGUUUGACGGUUCAGCGUGGGAGGAAGAGGAAGAUGAGGGAGCACCGCCCCCUGCAGAUGUUCCGUACUAUAAUAACUUCCCCGGGAAACAACCUCCUCCUGGGGGACUGGUGGACAUGAGGGCCCGCCCUGGGGCUACGCUGCCCUAUGGACAGCCGGGUCAGAAUGAUAUUCACAAGCAGCCGCUUCCCCCUCUACCAAUGGGAGCAAAGGAGGGAGGGCGGGACCUGUGUGAUGACCCCUCAUACGUCAAUGUGGAUAAACCCCGCCCCACAACAGCUGCAGCCAAUGGCAACACUCACAGAGAUGCGUUCGACAUGAAGCCGUUUGAUGAUUCCCUGGGUGUAUCAGGUCUGGGGGUCUCAGCGGCGCCCCCUCUGGUGGAACAGCUGCAGUGCGAGGCCUGGUUCCACGGCAGCCUGAGUCGCAGGCAGGCUGAGAGACUGCUGACCCGUGAUGGAGACUUCCUGGUCCGAGAGUCAGGCACCACUCCUGGACAGUACGUUCUCACUGGACAACAGGGGGGUCAGCCCAAACACCUACUACUGGUCGACCCAGAGGGAGUGGUACGUACCAAAGACCACCACUUUGAGAGUGUGAGCCACCUGAUCAGUUACCACAUGGACAACAGACUGCCCAUCGUAUCAGCAGGCAGUGAGGUGUGUCUGCAACAACCAGUGGAGCACAGGGCCUGAACACACACACAAAUACAGCAAUGCAACACACACACACACUCUCAGAAACACUACAUACAUAAGCAGUGCAGAACACACAAAUACUGUACACACACACACUCGCACACUGACCACAUUAAGGAAAGCCAAAAAAAACACCUCUGUCACUCUUUCUGCCAAAUCAUUUGCUCUCUGCUUUUCCUCACACCCUCCUCUCCUCCUGGACGACUCACUGUUACCUCCGUGAUCCCUCCUUCUGUUCAUCCUUCCGUCAUCGAGGUCCACUACCUCCAUUCCUCCAUCCCUCCAAAGAACGUGGGAGUAACAUCUAGGAACACUUUUUAUUUUCCUUCUCAGUGGGACAGAAAUAAUACAAUUUAGUAAAAAAUGUAGCAUUAUUAAUUAAAUCAUGCCAUAGAAUGAUUCAGAAAUGAUACAAUCAUAGUAAAGGAGGACCUUGGAGGGGAGGAGUGAAAUGUAGAGAGAGGGAUGGGGGGGAGAGGUCUUGAUCCAGACAUGGCAGAGGAAACAGUUUCUCUCACCGUCACAGAAGCACUUCAAAGACUUGUCUGAUGAUUGGACUCAUCAGAGAGCUCGGACAUGGACCCUCCAAUCAGAUAUCAGUGGAACACAGGAACAGCCAAUCAAAUAUCAGUGGAACACAUGAAUAACCAAACAUGACUGAGAUCAGGCCUCCUGUUAAUAUGCAUAGACAUACAUUUUUGUGUCCACACCAAUCAGGGCCCUCGCUCACCCUCAAGCCACUCCCAUUAAAAGACCUUUCAUCUUUGACCAUUGACCCCCUGAGUGAUACCUGGUGAUGUCACGGAGGACGUCUCUGUAUGCAAAAAGGGGGUUGCUAUGCUAACAACCAUUGUCUCCGUCUGUCCAAAUAUGGACACGGUUUCUUUCCGGCCUCCGAAGGUGGAGUUUGAUAAAAGGAUGUGAUUCAUGCCCAUCCGACAUCCGCCUGUCUGUCUGCAAUGGACUGGUCUCCCUGUCUGUCUGCUCUGAUCAUGACAAAGAAAGUGGACUUGGUUGGACUGGGGCAGCAGAAACCAUGGAGAUGACUCAUACACCAACAUACAGUGUGUUAGUCUGUAUCUGUCAUGUGUACCUUCAUUGGGAGUAUAGUGUCUUUACAUAGAGAGGGAUGGAGAGAAGACUGGGAAGGGGCAGGGGGGAGGUUCCACAUCUAGAGAUGUCAUCAGACUUAGACACGAUGUCAUCUGAAAGAGCUCAAAACCAAUUCUACGACGAUGUCACAGUCAACCCAAAUGCGGCUGUCACAAUUUAAUCGGUACUGUGUUGGAAUUGUAGUUCAGAUUAUUGCCAAUAUUUUCUUGCUUUUCAAUGGAUUUGUUGUUAAUAUCUGUUUGCCUUGACAAUCUAUAGCCAUGUCUCUGUCUGGAUGGGUAGGGGGUGGAGAGGUUGGGGGGGCAUACUGGAUGAAGUGUGUUUUAAUGCCGAAAGCAUCCGGUCCAGAGCAUUCAAAGCAAUGAUCUUAUCUCCUCUCCAAAUGUGCUGCAAGGUCAGGAGAUUAGCUUUUAGCGUUAGCAUUAGCUUUUAGCGUUAGCAUUAGCAUUAGUGUGUGAUGUGUUUCUUCUCAGCUCACUGCAGGGAAAACUGUUAUCAGCACUGUUCACAACGGAAUCUGGGAGCUUCGCGAACGUUGGUCAGACGUUGGACUUUGACGUGUUGUUUUCCUUGGAAUUAGAAGAUAGUAGAGGGAGAGAAAGUGGAGGAAUCAUCCUCUCCCUCCUUCUCUUCAUGAUAUUUUUUGUAUCUUUUACUCGUGCCUUGUUUCUUCGAUGCAGUCACCUCACUCCAGUGCAGUCUGUCACCUAAUGUACUGUGCUUAUUGUACAGUCAGUUGAUGUACCUAAUCCAAAUGUAGUGGACCGUUGGAUCCUGUCACAUGGUCUCUCAGUCCAUCAAAGACUCUGCAAAAAGGACACUGACUCUCACCACCCAGGUCCAGUGAUGGCAAUCCGCUCCUCUAUUGCACAUUCAUUCUUACUUCCUGUUGUCACUUGUUGUUGUCACGGUUGCUCGAUGUCGCAGCUCUCAUUGGAGGGAUUUCCACUCCACCUGUAAAUAACAUCAGAUCUGAUUGGUCGGUUUGAGUUCUUGGUUCUGAAAUUAAAGUUUUUGUUCUUUAGAUUUUAUUAAUAAAAUGGGUGGGACAGAACCAGAUACUGUAUUUCAUAUGUAAUACUCACAGAAUACUUUUCUCUCUGAAUCCAAGUCAUUUUGAUUCUAGCCAAUGAACCAUGUUCAGAUUUUUGAGAGAGGCUGAAACCAAACUGUAAACGUGGAAGUGAAGAGUAAACUGGGAUCUGCCACCUGCUGUACAAAAUAUUUCUGUCAUCAGGAGGGUUGCAAAAUCCCCUGGUUUUCCAGAUAUCCUGGUUGGAGGAUUCAUGGAAUUCCUGCUUAUUCGCUUGUGUAAUUCUAGGAUUAUUUUAACCAGGAUUUCUGGGAAACCGGGGAAUUUGGGGAAAGUGAUCUGAAUUCUGCAACUCUAGUCAUGAGAAAGGGCUCUCUGAGCCUGGACAGGUAACUGUUUUAUUCAUCUUUCUCAUCGUGCUUCUGUGUGUGUGUUGUGAGAGAGGAUGUGUGGAUGAUCAGAGAUUAUGGUUGGUAGUGUAGGGGGCUGUGUAGUUCUUACAUGGUGGCACGUGUGGUCUGUGUGAGGCCUUUGCUUCAUUCUGUCACAAACACACAGGAGGGACAGCUGUGUUAGACACCGACUGUUUAAGUGACUAUAGGUCCUGGAUAGGCAACAAGGAAACUAGUAUACAAGCCCCAAGGUGUGUGUGUAAAAGGAAUAAUCUAUCCUCUACAUCAUUUGUGAAGCAUUCUAGCGUUGUCAUUGUUCAUCACAGUUGCCUUUGUUGCAUGGAAAUCAUUUUUUACAGUUUCUAUAUUGUUGUUGUUUUGAUGUACUUUUUGAUUUGAGUUUUGAAAGCCAAAGGGUUAUUUUCAAUUAGCCUUCACAAAUAUUGAUUUACUUUUUUACUUUUUACAGCUCUGUUGUAAUACUCUUGUUCUUUUGGGGGGAAAUACAUCUGUUUACACCUGUAUCUGAAAUCACAGAUUGCAUAUAUCAUGAAUCUUUCUUGGUGAGUUUGGUUUUAAAAUGCAGUUUCUGGAUUUAC